GGAGGGCAUUUCCCCAGCCUGACCUUGAAGCUUGCUGGUCUCAAGUGUUCUCCCUCUUCUCCUGAGCAGGUGGUGAAGAAGGUGAAGUCCAUGCAGAUGUUCCACACGCCUGUCACCUCAGCCAUGCAGGGAGAUCGGCUGGGCAUCUGUGUCACCCAGUUUGACCCCAAGCUGCUAGAGCGUGGGCUAGUAUGUGCACCUGACACCCUGUACACUGUGCAUGCGGCCAUCAUCUCCGUGGAGAAGAUCCCAUACUUCCGGGGGCCCCUGCAGACCAAGUCCAAAUUCCACAUCACAGUGGGCCACGAUACAGUUAUGGGCCGCUUGCUUUUCUUCAGCCCUGCCUCUGACAGCUUUGACCAGGAGCCUCUUCUGGACUCCUUCGACUUCUCCCAAGAAUACCUCUUCCAGGAGCAGUACCUAUGCAAGGACAUGGCACCAGCAAUAACAGACAGUGACAAGACCCACAAAGCAGGCCAGGCCCCAGAGGGUCACUACCCUCGGCAGCAGUGGGCCCUUGUGGAGUUUGAGAAGCCUGUCACCUGCCCUCGGCUGUGCCUAGUGAUUGGCUCCAGGCUGGAUGCGGACAUUCAUACCAACACAUGCCGCCUGGCCUUCCACGGCAUCCUGCUCCAUGGUCUGGAGGACAAGAACUACACGGAAAGCUUCUUGCCCACUCUGAAGGUGUACAAGCUGAAGCACAAGCAUGGCCUCGUUGAGCGGGCGAUGGAUGACUACAGCGUGAUCGGCCGCUCCCUGUUCAAAAAGGAGACUAACAUCCAGCUCUUCGUGGGGCUCAAGGUGCACCUGUCCACAGGGGAGCAGGGGGUUAUCGACAGUGCCUUCGGCCAGAGUGGCAAGUUCAAGAUCCAUAUUGCCGGUGGCCUCAGCCCAGAGUCCAAGAAGAUCCUGACACCUGUCCUCAAGAAGCGUGGCCGAGCUGGCCGCGGGGAGGCCGCCAAGCAGGAGGAGGGCACCGAGCGGCCAGAGCCCACACAGCAUGUAUCGCUCAGCCUGUCCUUCAAGCGCUACAUCUUCGACACCCACAAGCGCAUGGUCCAGUCUCCCUGAGGGACUGACCAGGCCAGACUUUGUGCCAAAUGCCCACCCAGAUGGGCCUCUACCAACCACCUCCCCACAGUCCUGUUGGCAGCAGCCCCCUUAAGAGACUGGGGUGCUGGGCUGGCAGGAGGGCCUAAGUCUAAUGCCCAGGUAGAUAGAUGGCCCUUGGCAGAUGCAAAUAAAUGCCCUGUGUGAGGC